CUUGACUUGAUGGCGUGCCGACCUAUUCAUUUCAAUGAUCUAUUGAGGCUUUGAAUGUCCCCUUGAUGAGGUUGUUAAGUGAUUUCAGAGCAAGGUUUAUGACGGUGGUCGCCACAGUCGUCCACUGGUUCCAGCUUUAUCCUGAUCUUGGAGCCCGGCCAGUCUCGUCAAGGAACAGGUCGGCCAGAACGCGCGAGUUCAUAUCUGGAUCAAGCCUCGAUCAUGAGGCUUCGAAGAAUGAUCGAGAUGAUGACGUCUGCAUUACGUGAAACCCAAAUUCUCUGCCGGUCAUUCGCGUGUUCUGUCUCACUCAGCCUUGCCGUUCUCCCUCAUGCAAGUUGCCGGCUAGAGGUUGGCCAGACUCAAAUGAAGUUCUUCUCGCAAUCCUACUCGUACGACGAUUCGUGGCCAAUUGUUACACUCGCUUUCUUCCUUCGCUAUCCCAAUCCAUACGCUUCUCAUGUUCUUUCGUGCGAUGUUGUCUCUCGUUCCAUCACGCCUACCGGCUCUCUCUUGACCACUCGCCUCAUUCUGAAGCGGGGGGCUAUGCCGCGUUGGUUUCCUCAGGGCAUCGUCGCACGCGCCGAGUCGUGGGUCGUGGAAGAGACCGAGGUCGAUCCUGUAGCACGGACAGUCAAAUGCAAGACAAGAAAUCUGGACCAUGUGAAGGUCAUGCAGGUGGAGGAGAGUGUCGUAUUUCGUUCCCUCUCUGAUGGCACUACUCUGCAGCACACGGAGGCAGAGAUACGUAGCCGGUUCGGAUGGGGGCUCACCAAACGAAUUGAAAACCAUGGUCUGAACAGGUUCAAGGCCAAUGUUCAAAAGUCGCGUGAGGGUGUUUCCAUGAUCGUACAGCUCUUGCGCCAAUCCAGACUUCAACCCAUGGGAAUGGGGGUGUCAGUCGACGUGCCUGUGUCCUUCAUCGAACCCCGAUCCAUCUCCACCAAUGCCGUUGGAACUAUUGAGCACUCCGGCGACGACAAUCACGAGCCUGCUAGCCACGUAAAUCGUCCCAAAAACACAUGGUCCCAGUCUCUCAAGUCGUGGUUCUCACCCCCCCGCUCAAAUUGACCGACAGACCGCUGUACUUGUAUCCGUCGCAUACGAUAAUUUGCUGUAUCAGUAUUAGUUUAGUGAAAGAACAAUCCCUUGACACCUUUCGAACUAUGAACGUGUGCCGGAUCUUUCCUGGUUCUUCUCUCUCAUCUUGGCCGACGGUUUGAGCUCGCGACACAUCGCCGCCGCGGCUGCCCGACAUCCGACUGUCAACCCACAGGAGUUUACGCGAAUCUUCAUGUCUUUCUCAUGUACUUUCCUACAACAACAGCUCAACAGCUCGCCUCCAUCCCCGCCCUUCCGAACAUCCCGCCAGAGACAGAAAAGCUCAUCGCCCUUGUUCCUAGUCCGAAGAAAUCACUCUUUUGCACGCUGAGUCGGACCGGCAUUUCCAUAUGGCGUGUCAGGCCCUCAGCAGUCCUAGCAUAUCUUUCUCGGACGCCGGCGUCAGUGCUUGACCACGGGGAGAACGUCGCUGCGCACUGGGCGCCAGAUGGAGGCAGAAUCAUCAUCCAGACAUCUCUAUCCUACCUAGUUCUUGUCACCGUCGUUUAUCAGGCCGACAGGUCGAUCUACGUCCCUCCAACUCUUCCCAGCUCCAGUCGAAACUAUUUUCUGCCCGGCCCGGGUGAAGGGCUGCCUCUGCAGUGUGUCAGCUUACGGUUCGAGGGUGUUAUUCGCGUCAACGGGGGCCUCUUAUGUGUAUCUCCACGCAAGCAAUUUAUCUUGUUCUCGACUAAAAAUCCUCCCACGGUCCAACGCAUACCAUGGCCAGAAGUGGAGGACGACGACGAGGAAGAGGAAGAGGACGACGAAACCGGGCAACCGCGCAAGGUCACUUUCGCGACGCACGAGAUGUGGUCUUGCAACGAACACGAGUUUAAUUUCUUCGUUGAGAGCGACGUCCCUGUGACCAAAAUCCUGCAAUCUCGGACUCCUGGUGUGGAGACCUGGAUCACGUCGGAUGGAAGAGCUUAUUUCGUCACGCUGAACGAGAGUACGAUCGAAGAGAAUGGGGAUCAAGAAUUUGGCUCGAACGAAUCUGAACCAGCGGCAGCCAAGCCCAGAUGGCAAGGCGUAGCCAUUCACGACUUCGAAACCCCACGAUGGGUGCAGAAGUCGCGUCGCGUGGAUCCUGAUCCUGAGCACGAGACUGAUCAAGAAUCGAUAUCUUCGGGCGCCGCGAGCAUCGUCAGCAAAGGAACGGAGCGCGCCAUCUACGACGAGCCGCGUCGCGCAGUAGCAGUCGCCAUUAACAGCAAGUUCUCGCUCGUCGCGGUGGGUAUGUCGGGCGGCGGUGUUCGGUUCACGCCCUUCCCCUCAGAUUUCUCGUCGGCGACCCCACCCCCGAUACCUGUCGACGUUCCGGCGCAAUUGGGUCCCGUUUGUUCUAUGGAGUGGAGCGGUGACGGAUAUGUGCUGGCGGUUGGUUCGCAGAAUGGCUGGGCGAUCUUCAGUGUGGGCGGUCGAUGUCUGGCUCGGAGUGUAGCCCUCGAGGAUGCUGACAAAAGUCUCGACACCUCCAAAUUCCAGGAUACCUUCAUGUUCGGUGUCAGGGAUCUGUUUUGGGCACCUGGGAACUUUGAAAUGGUAGUGUGUGCCCAACCGUCACAGCAGCAAGUUGACGGUCAGCUGUUUGUCAUCCCUUUUGCGAAGAGCGCAUCCACGGGUCAGCUGGCACCAGACAACACACGCUACGCGUUUCUGCAAAUGGAUGACCGCGCUCUGGUGUACCGAGGAGCUGAUCAACCCGACAUGAGCGUCAUCAAUCCAGAGUCCGAUGUUUGGCAGCAUAUCAAGAUUCCACAGAGUUACCUCGCCACCAACUGGCCAAUCAGAUAUUCGUCCCUCAGCAGCGACGGUCGUCUGAUUGCCAUAGCUGGGCGGCGAGGCCUCAUUCACUACAGCUCGACGUCUGGACGCUGGAAAAUGUUUGCGGACGAGAUCCAAGAGCAAGCAUUCAUAGUCAAGGGCGGAAUGGUCUGGUUCCAUCAUGUUCUCAUCGCUGCUGUCGAGGUAGCCAAGACAUAUCAGCUUAGACUUUAUUCGCGAGAUUUGGAACUCAGCAACCAGCACGUGCUCCACCGUGAAAUCGUCCCGAGCCCUGUUGUCAUCCUUUCUCUGGUCGACAAUUCGCUACUGGUUUACACAGCUGACAACACGUUGUAUCACUAUCUCAUCGUCCCGACCUCGGACACGAUCAAGCUGCAUCUGUGUGGCAGCAUCACGUUUGAAGGGAUCAUCGCUGCGCCGGGGGCAGUUCGCAUGCUGAGUUGGAUGAUCCCCACUGCUCAAAAGCAACUGGGGGAUCCGGUCGAGGAUCUUGCUGCGGCGACUGUGCUGAUGGUGGUAGGCGGCCAGCUCAUUCUGCUCCGUCCUCGAAAGGUCAAGUCUCUCGUGCGCACUAGUGAAUGUUCGCUCAUCGUAUUCCAGUCAGGCGACCAGGAAGUCAAGUAUGACAUGCAGAUAUUCGCAGACAGGAUUGAGUUCUGUUGGAUCCACUUGCGAGGGAUCGACACACUCGAAAACUCGCUAUGGGCCUAUGACGGACAGGGCAUUCGCGUUUGGUUGAACGCGUUGGCGAUCGAAGCUCCACAAUCACAAGAUCAGGAUAAUACCGUCAAAGAAAGUGUGAAUAUCCCGCUUGACUUUUAUCCACUGUCUGUUCUGAUGGACAAGGGGAUCAUCAUUGGUGCGGAGUAUGAGGUCGCGACACGCUCCAAUCUGCCGUUCGCCAUAUUCCGACAUGCCACGAGUUCUCAUCUUUUCCUGCACCACAUUCUCCUGUUCCAUCUACACGCGAAUCAGGUCAACGAGGCGGUGAGCCUGGCGUCCUAUUACCAGAAGCUCGUCUUCUUCGCCCAUGCAUUGGAGAUUCUCUUGCAUACGGUCGUGGAGUCGGACGACCACGAAAACGACCGUGCGGAAUCUGAAGCACAUGACGUGCUCCUGCGUACCGUCGUCGAGUUUCUGGAUCAUUUCGAUGCCGCGUUGGAUGUGGUCGUCGGUUGCGCUCGGAAGACUGAAAUGACGCGGUGGAAGCGCUUGUUCAACAUCGUUGGAAACCCAAAAUUGUUGUUCGAGACAUGUCUCGAAUCUCAGCAACUCAAAACGGCCGCAUCGUAUUUGCUUGUGCUGCACAAUCUGGAACAGCUGGACGAGAAGCACAACGACGUCAAUCGACUGUUGCGGACCGCGGCGGCCGCAAAAGACUGGCAGCUCUGCCGUGAGCUGCUCCGCUUCCUGCACAGCGUGGAUGACUCGGGUCGAGCACUCCGAGAUGCGAUGGAGCAGAUCGAUCUCGACGGCACACGCGACGGGAGUGGUGAAAGCAGGACUGCAAACGGGAACGGAGGAUGAACUCAUCUCGGACUGGUACUGGCUGGGUAUUUAUCGUUAUCAUUGGAUGUAAUUAUAACAUCGCGCUGUAUGAUUGUGUGAUUAGAUUAGAUGAUUGGAUUGGCUUCAUGAUCGACAAG